AUGGAGUCCUCAAGCAUCAGAUGGUCUACCUCCUCUUUUCUUUAUGAUUAUAACAGCACUCCAUGUGAGAGCCAAUCCUUUAUUUUUGCCACUCUCACCACCACCAUCCUGUACUGCCUGGUGUUCCUUCUCAGCCUCAUGGGCAACAGCCUGGUGUUGUGGGUUCUAGUGAAGUAUGAGAGCCUGGAGUCCCUCACCAACGUCUUCAUCCUCAACCUGUGCUUCUCAGACCUGGUAUUCUCCUGCCUGUUGCCCUUUUGGAUCUCUGCCUACCACUGGGGCUGGGUGCUGGGAGACUUCCUCUGCAAGCUCCUCAAUAUGCUCUUCUCCAUCAGCCUCUACAGCAGCAUCAUCUUCCUGACCAUCAUGACCAUUCACCGCUAUCUAUCUGUGGUAAGACCCCUCUCAACCCUGCGUGUCCACACCCUCCGCUGCCGUCUGCUAGUGACGACAGCUGUGUGGGCAGUCAGCAUCCUAUCCUCCAUCCCAGAUACCAUCUUCCACAAGGUGUUGCCAGAAGGCUGCAAUUAUUCAGAAAGCAAGUGGUUCCUGGCUUCGGUUUACCAGCACAACAUCUUCUUCCUGCUCUCCAUGGGAAUUAUCCUGUUUUGCUACGUAGAGAUUCUCAGGACCCUCUUCCGCUCAAGGUCCAGACGGCGCCACCGGACAGUCAGGCUCAUCUUCACCAUCGUGGUGGCAUACUUCCUUAGCUGGGCUCCCUACAACCUGAUCCUGUUUCUGCAGACGCUGCUGCGACUCCAGGUCAUCCAGAGCUGCGAGGUCAACCAGCAGCUGGAGUAUGCCGUGCACAUCUGCCGCGAGGUUGCCUUUUCCCACUGCUGCUUCAAUCCUGUGCUCUAUGUCUUUGUCGGGGUCAAGUUCCGCAGACACCUCAAAAGUUUGCUCCGGCAGUUCUGGCUCUGCAGGCAGCAGGCACCCAGCCCUGCCCCACUCCCCCACUCCCCAGGUGCUUUCACCUAUGAAGGUGCCUCCUUCUAUUGAAGGGGAGUUUGAUGAUGGAGGCAGAGGUAGACAGGGGAUCU